AUAUUAUUUAUUAUCAUACAUUGUACCUUGGGUACACGAGUUCCGAUUUUUUAGUAUAAAAAGGAUUUCUUCUAGUAUUUAUUAAUAUAGUUGACAAUUAAAUUACCAUGAAGUUCCUCUUUGGAAAAGCUUGCUUUUUAUCAAUUUUUCUUUUGGGAUUAAAAUAUCAAUAUGCAUUGGCUCAAAAUAGGAUAGUAGGAGGAAGUGAAACUACAAUUUUUAAAUUUCCACAUAUGUUACGUCUCGAAGUCGGAAGAAAAACUGGCAACUUAAUGAGUGUUUGUGGUGCUUCAAUUAUUGGCAGAGAAUGGGGACUUACAGCUGCACAUUGUUUUAAGAGUCAAGAAAUAGAUUACGGCAAAAUAAGAGUAGUAGCUGGUACUACUGAUAUAAAAAAUAUGUCAGAAACUGCAAGACAACAUAAAGUGGUCAUGGUUAUUCGAAAUGAACAUUACAAAGUUAACGAAUAUAAACGAAAAAUCGGAGGUGAUAUAGCUGUCUUUAAAGUCAAUCCACCUUUUACUUACAAUAACGUUAUUCAACCAGUAAAAUUGCCACAAAGAGGACAAGUUUUAAAAACGGAUAUAGCAACAAUUUCAGGAUGGGGUCAUAUUAAACCAGGUGGACCAGGUUCCGUUAGAUUACAAGCCGUUACAGUACCAAAAGUAAGCACAGAAAAUUGCAAAACACAAUACCGCAAGUUUAGAAUAACACUGAAAGAAGGAGAAAUUUGUUACGGAUAUCACAAUCGAACUGUUACUAUCGACAAGUGUCAAGGUGAUUCUGGUGGACCACUUAUAAAUUUGGACGGAGUAGAACUUGGAUUGGUAUCGUGGGGUGUCAAAUGUGGAACGAAAGGAUAUCCUGGAGUUUAUACUGAUAUUCUGUAUUUCCGCGAUUGGAUCAAAGAAACAACAGGAAUUUAAUUUUAAAAUUGUCAUUUUUAAACUACAUUAUUUUUAAAAAUAAUAUUUGUCAAUAGAGAGAAAAAAUUUAGACUAAAAUUUAUAUAUAUAUUUAAUUCUUUUAAUUAAUUUAGAAUAAUAAUUUAAUAUACAUAUUCACUUUUAAUUUGCAUUAAACUUGAGAUACCUUUUAGAAAAAAAAUUGUUAUUAAAAUUUAAUAACUCUCUAAAUUUGAAUUGUUUGAAAUCAAAUUUUUUCACCAAUUUUUAUUAAGUAAAAUUUAACUAAUUCAAUUUAAAGGACUAGUUAAAAUUUUUGAACUUAUGUUGUGUCUGUUGAAAUAAAAAAUUUGACAACCUAUGUUUAUAAUAUUUUACCAGAUUGUGUGGCUUUUUUAGGGCUAAUUGCGUCAAAUAGAUUGCAAUUUUAAUUUUUUCUUUAAAGACGAUUCUGGUGGUCUACAUAUAUUGUCGAUUUAAAUGGAAAACAAAUUGGAUUAAUUUUGUGAACUGUCUCAAUAUGUGAUACAAUAGUAAAUUAAAUUCUGAAAUUUACACUAAUGUUCUCCAUUGUCACACAGCUGUACUAAACAGGAAAUAAUUUAAAUGUUCAUCGCUAAAACUUGUAAUGCAUUUCGAAAAAAAAAAUAAAUAAAAAAUUCAUGAAUUCAUUUUAA